GCACUGGCAAAUAUGCAAACAGCAGAUGAGCGACAGCCGCCACCUCCAAUGCCUUCUCUCCUCGCUGAGUCACUGCCGGUCCCUCGUCCACCUCCAGCAAAUCCACGCCCUCGCCUCCAAGACCGGCCUCGACACCGACCCUCUCGUCGCCGGAAAGCUCCUACUCCUCUCCGCCGCCAUCCUCCCCGACGCUUUGGACUAUGCCCGUCGCCUCUUCUCUGUCGUCCCUUCUCCCGACCCCUUCAUGUACAACACCCUCAUCCGCGGCGUCUCCGACUCCGACGAGCCUCCUCACCACGCCUUCCUCCUCUACUCCCGGAUGUGCCGGCAAUCCGUCGCUCCCGACAGCUUCACCUUCGCCUUCCUUCUCAAGGCGGCCGCAAACUCCAAGUCCCUCGUCCUCGGUCGGCAGGUUCAUUCUCAUUCCGUCCGUCACGGCCUCGAUGCCCAUCUCUUCGUUGGGACCACGCUUGUCAGCAUGUACGCGGUGUGUGGCCGCGUGGCUUCCGCUCGGAAGGCGUUCGACGAUAUCCCCCAACCGAACGUCGUCGCCUGGAACGCCAUCAUCACCGCUCAUUUUCGGGUCGACGACGUGACAAACGCGGAGAGGCUGUUCGACCAGAUGCCUUGGAGGAAUCUGACAUCGUGGAACGUCAUGCUUGCGGGUUACACCGGGGCUGGCGAGCUGGAAGCGGCGAGGACAUUGUUUCGCGAUAUGCCUCAAAAAGAUCCCGUCUCCUGGAGCACGAUGAUCAUCGGGUUCGCCAGUCAUGGGCAUUUCGAUGAUGCUUUUGGCUUCUUUCGGCAGUUGCUGAGAGAAGGGCUUCGGCCAAACGAGGUGAGCUUGACCGGCGUUCUCUCAGCUUGUUCUCAAGCUGGGGCCUUUGAAACUGGAAAGAUUCUACACGGCCAUAUGAAGAAGUCAGGGCUCAGUACCGUCACCGCCGUGGCUAAUGCUCUCUUGAAUGUCUAUGCUAGGUGCGGGCGCAUCCAAAUGGCAUGCCAAGUUUUUGAUCGGGAGAUGGGAAAGAAGGGCAUUGUGUCUUGGACUUCUAUGAUCGCAGCACUCGCAAUGCAUGGCCAUGGAGAUAAGGCCAUCAAGCUUUUCAAUGAAAUGGAGGAACAUGGACUGAAACCUGAUGGAGUUAUAUUCAUCUCCCUCCUCUAUGCGUGUAGUCAUUCAGGAUUGGUAGAACAAGGGUACCAUUUUUUCCAUAGAAUGGAGGAUGUAUAUGGAAUCAAGCAUUCGAUUGAGCACUAUGGUUGCAUGGUUGAUCUCUAUGGGCGAGCUGGGCUACUGGAUGCUGCCUAUAACUUUGUGAUGAGAAUGCCUAUAGAACCUAAUGCCAUAAUCUGGAGGACAUUGCUUGGGGCCUGCAGCAUUCACGGAAAUGUUGGUUUAGCUGAGCUUGUGAAGAAGAAACUCUCAGAACUCGAGCCUAGAGAUUCUGGUGACUAUGUUCUACUGUCCAAUAUUUAUGCAGUUGCCGGUAAGUGGAAGGAUGUUGCCAAUAUACGCAGAUCCAUGAACGAAGAGAGUGUUAGGAAACGCCCAGGUUGGAGCUCAAUAGAAGUUGACAAGGUUCUGUACAUGUUUGUCGCAAAUAAUGAGUGUUGCAGUGUGAAAGAGGAGGCUUAUGGGAAGCUGAUGGAGAUAUUGUCAAGACUUAGGAAGGAAGGUUACAUUCCAGAGGUCACAAGUGUUUUGCAUGAUAUAGAGGAAGAAGAGAAGGAAGAUGCCAUUGCUCAACACAGUGAGAAGCUUGCAGUGGCUUUUGGGAUGGCAAGGAUGAGCACGGGAAGUGUCAUAAUGAUUGUCAAGAAUUUGAGAAUUUGUAGGGAUUGCCACUUGGUGAUGAAGCUGAUAUCAAAGGUCUACGAAAGAGAGAUUGUGGUGAGGGAUCGUAGCCGGUUUCAUUCUUUCAGAGAGGGGUUUUGUUCUUGCAGGGACUACUGGUGACAGAAGCUUUCAUUUCAUCCCCAGAACAUUCCAAGAACAAACUGCAACCUAACUCUGUUCUUGAAGAAAAUCAUUUCAGUGGGAAGGAAGCAAUAGUUACAGGGAGACCGAUAAUGUGGAUGGCUGCAGGAUAACGAAGAAGAGGAUGAUAUUGAAAUCUAAGUUGAUUACCAUUUCAGUUUUGUGCAUGUGGGCAUUGACAAUGGUUCUUGUAGCAUAUGCAAUAUAAAGCUUAAUAGUCGAAGAAGAGACGGGAACUAUGGGGUGCUUCCUAGCUGUUAUCACAUAGAUGGGUCAGAUAAAAGGUCCUUACCAAUCUGUCCCACAAGUUUAAUAUGAAGUCUAGAAUUGUGUACUGAUAACUUUGUUAGUUGUAUUUAACUAUUCUGACGAAAUAAUAUUGUGGAAAUUUCGGAUGAUGUUAAGUCAAUGAAUUACACAGGUCUGUUAUCAGAUCCUCAUAAGUCAUUCUGCUUGCA